CAGAAAACAAAAACACAGGCUCUCUACCAACAUCAGUGUUCGUGUGUAUGAUUUUAUGUGAUGUGGAACUUACCGUGGCUGUGUGUCACCUGGACUCUUCAUCAGGAUUUAGUGUGAAGAAGCCACAGCGAGAUGAGGACUUCCGGUGAGGAAGAAUGGCGGACGACAACCUCAAGCAACUGCUUUCCUUAAUUCUGAUUGGCUACUUUACAUCCGGGAUACGGGGCGUCACCGUGUUCAAAGCUUGUGGAGGACGAUUAACAGACCCCAAGGGUGUCAUUCAGUCUCCUAACUUCCCCAAAGAAUUCCCCACCCCUAUCCGAUGUGAGUGGGUGAUCUAUAACCCCCAGACUAGAAACACAGCCAUCUAUCUGACUCAGUUUUACCUCAAGGGAUUUGUCAGUGUCUGGCAGUUUGAACAUUACUCCAGCCAAAGAGAGUACAUCGAGCCCCGCCAGCUUGCCACACUAAAUGCCAACAGCGAAAUUAAGCACAUAGUCUCCAAUAAACCGUAUGCUGUCAUUAGAUUUGCAACCUCCGAAAUAAAUGACAUCAAUGUUCGCGUGUUAGACCACAUUGUGGACGUGUACGGAUUCAAUAUCACUUAUGAAUUUUUGGACCGGUCUUCCCCCCGCCUGAAGCGGACCUGUUCUGUUCGGGAAUGUUCGUACCUAGGAAACUGUUACGCCAGUGCCGACUUUUCCGUCUAUGGGUGUCACUGUUUUGAGGGAUACCAGGGGAACAUCUGCCAGUAUGGGGAACACUGCGACCCAGCGAAGGGGAUCAAUCAGUGCAAGAACGGGGGAGAAUGUCGGUAUUUCUACGGAACUAAUGUAAACAUCUGUAACUGCACUAAAGGCUUCACAGGAAACAUGUGCGAAGUUCCUCUGUCCGACUAUCUUCCAGAUGCUUGCGGUUACCUGGGUUGUGGACAGACUUGUAUUGACGACCAGAACGGUAACAAACAGUGUGCAUGUUACAAAGACUUCAGGCUGAAUUCCGACAAUAGAACGUGUUCACAUAUAGAUCGAAAUCGAGUUGUUGUUACCAUGCGACCGACCGACAGCUACCUCAGGUCAAUUUCCCGAACCGGAAAUGACGUCACAUUCAGUGAAUCACAACUAAACAAAGUUUUCCAAGAUAUUCAACUCAGUCUCGCAAACAUUGACAUCCACACAAUGACGAACUUCAGUUUUAUUGGAUUCAGCCCAUCAAACUCCCAAACCUUUGAAUUCCGUUUCAUUAUCGAAGCAACCGACGACUCCAAGAUGGAGGACUUCAGAAACACUCUCGUGGGGCGAGGAUACGUGGGAGACAUUCCCUUCUACAACACGUCAUUAUCAAUCCGAAUCAUCCCAGUGAUGUACCUAAUAGAAGUAGUGACAACGGAGGAAGAGCACGAUUCCUUCUGGGGUGAUGAAUAUAUCAGUUACACCAUCCAGGGCAAGUUCUUAACCAUUUCCUGUCUCGUGCGGGGAUCAGAGAACACAACCUUCCGGUGGUUUAAGGACGGAAUGUUGAUCGACAUGAGCAUGGCGACCAGACAGGGGUACCAGACCGUCAUCAAUUCGAGGCUGGACGGAACAAUCCGCUCUGUGUUGUAUUAUGGGAGUGUAACAGCAUUCGACAGAGGUGAGUACACUUGUGAGGCUAGUGAUUAUGGAAUAUCGCAGAAUAAAUCGGACCUCGUAGAUGUGAUCACGACUCCCAUGGUGGAUAUCGACCCAAUGUCGGAUUACGUCCCAUUCCGCGGAUCUAUCCGGAUCCGGUGUUUGUCUUUUGAUCCAGACGCACCACAGUACCACUGGUACGUCAACGGAUUUCUCAUCAAAAGGGGGCGUUCUGACAUGAUCCCGGAAACCCUUCAGCCGGCCGGUUCUCAGCUUUAUGUACGCAGUUUGCAGACACGUUCGGUAUUUACUUGCAAAGUCGCUAAUGCUGCUGGAGCUCAAAACGUCACAGCCGAUAUAUAUGUUCAGCCAGCCAAUCGAGCAAAUGAUACAUGUCCCCAACAGUGGUACAAAAACAUCAUCUGGGCGGAAAUGGCUGGAGGACAUUACCGGAAGGAGCGAUGUCCGGCGGAGGCAGAAGGAUUUGUAACGAGAAAAUGCCGAUGCCGAGCUGAAGGAAGGAAACAGGCGUGUUCGUGGGAAGAACCCAAUUUUUCAAUGUGCCAGUCCGUUAGUCUAGUUCAAAUAUACGACGAGAUGGAAAUCAUGCGGCUGGGAUACCGAUCAUCUUCUCUACAUAACGUGUUCGAUAAGCUUUACCGGUAUGCCACGAAGCCCCAGAACCGGAUGUACUCCGGUGAUGUUGAGAUUGCCGCAAACGUAUUACUAAAAGUCCUCCAUCACCUCGCCAACUUACCCUCUCUGUCUCAUGAUGGAUCUAAAAUCUCAUUCGUGAACGUUGUAUAUUUGUUGGACCAGCUUCUGACAGCUAUUUCCAACGCAACAACGGAGGAAAAGGAGGCUGUUAGUUUUGGAGGCAACAUGGUGGGGAUUCUGAACGCCUUGACCAGCAACUUGUCCAGCUACCUAGAGUUUUCUCCCCACACAGAGAUUUCGUCCGACAACAUCGAUGUGAGAUUUGGAAGCAGUUUAAACAAGCUUGUUAAAGUUUAUACAGCGAACGAAGAAGGAGAGUUCGUGUCUGAAAAUAAAGACUACCCGGUGAUAUUAAUUUCACUGCGAAAUUUGAACGAAAUGUUUCCUGUGAAGAUAACGGGAAAGCAUUACUUGCGCACUGUGACAGAUAUGUAUGACGCCAGUCUUUUUCCCAGUGAGACAUUUGCAGCAAAACGUGUUACCGGAGAUAUCAAAAUCCCGCUCAACACACUCGUUUCCGUUAAAGAUUUUCAUAAAUUCAGAUGUCUCUCUCUGGAGAAAGAUGAGAGAUCCAGGAAAAAUGAAUGGAGGAACGAGAGCUGUCAGUUUGUGUCAAGCACUGAAGCCUUUAUCACGUGUCAUUGUUCACUUCCUGUCAAGUUACACGUGGUCGGCAUCUAUCAGAAUGAGACGAUUGACAUUCCUUCCAUUCCGAACAACAACAGACUGCUCUUGGCCGGCUGUAUCAUCGCAAUGUCCGGUCUAGCUGCCAUAUUCAUCGUCAUUCUCCUCUACUGGAGACGGUUAUCCGGAGAGGAGUACCUGGUAUACCUGAAUUUUAUUUUUGUGUUGAGUUGCUUGAAUGGUGUAUUCAUCAUGUGUUUGCAUCAGUCCGACAUUGAGGUUAUAUGUACGAUCGGAAGGAUACUGGCGUUCUUCCUUUACACGGCAGCUUUAUCGUUUUUAUUGGUAGAGAGUUUCCAUAAUUUCAUUGUGGUUAGCAAAAUAUGCAAAACUGGAAAACACUGCUGGAAAUACAUGAUGUUUGGAUGGGGGUUUCCAACAGUUCUUGCAAUAUUUUUUGCUGUUGCCUCGAAAAUGUUUGGUUUCCCAAGCGAGGGUUCAUUCAUGUGUUGGUUACAAAAGAGUCAUUGGUCAUUUUACAUGUUUUCCAUUCCUUUUGCCAUCAUAACAUUUGUGAUAUUUGUGUUCAGUGCUUUAACACUCAAAUCCACAACUGUAAAAUCUGACGAGACAGCGGAACGAUACACAAGAAAAUCACUUUGUAACUGCUUUAAGACAGUUAUCUUGCUGUUUGUGGUCGCCAUUGAUGCUUUCUUACUUAUGGACACACCCCUACAUCCGGACUCGUUGCAGCUUAUAUUUUUACUUAUCUGUAAAACUGCUAUGGUGGUAUCAGUUUUCAUAACCAGAAUCGUGCUAGACAAUCAGAUGUGUAAAGUGUGGAAAUGCAAUUCUAAGAAAUCCAACAAUUCUACAGAAAGUGCAGAUGACGUUCAACAAACGUGUGAAGGCUGUUGUGGUUGUCUUUAUCGCCCCACACGGGAACAGGAGAAAGCGAAUAAGUAUUACGAGGAAGUAAACAGAGCGAAGUAUACUGCGGAGAGAAAGCGCCACCUGUCUUCUCUAUUAGGAAGUUCUGCCGCUCACGAACUUCCGCUAAAUAGUUCAGGUACAGCUGAUAACACAAAGAAAGAAGCGAGAGACUGCAAAUCUAGUCAAAGUUCAGGACCUCUGUACAUCCAAUCAGAUAACAGCAAACGGGUCACAUUUGUCUCGGAGAAGUUACCAAACCGGAAUCAAAAUGGUCUUAGCAUGAGUAAGCACAAACCAGACGGGCAGUCUAGCAAUGCAAUAAACACUCAGGCCCGGAAGAAUGGAUAUAACAGAGUGAAUCUGCCCGUGCAAAAUUCCCGGAUGAAGGCAGAAGAGGAAUUAACUGCUUUAAUACAUUCCAAUGCUGAGGGAGAUGUUCAGCAGAAACAGUCAUUAUGAAUCCAUUCCAUCCAAAUUGUACAGAUAUUUGUUUUUAAUUUAUUAUAUUUGUCUCGUACGAAAUCCCGAUGUUUAUUAAUCACACUGAGAAGGUCUUUCAACCGGAGAAACCAUUUCUGGCAAGAAAUCGUCUUUAUGCAAAAUCUAUCACACAUGUGAAGUGCUUUAUGAAUUAUUUGUAUAUUACGUUUUAUUGUUUUGAUAUAAACAUUUUCUUCUUUUGAAACAUUUUCUGUAUAUUUUUUCCUCCUGGUUAUCUUAUUGACCGUGUCUCUACACUGUAUACAUCUCUAUAUUUAGUUCCUAAAAUGUGAUAUGUUCAAUAUAUAACUCAAAAUAAAAAUGUGCAAUUUUCA